AUGUCAUGGUUGAAUAAUCCUUCUCAAAAUUUUGUUGAUCCUUUUAUUAGGAUUAAAUGUAUUUUAGGUGAUGAUAUAAGAAUUAUUAAAUUUAAUUCAAAUAUAUCAUAUGGAGGAUUAAUGAAUCAAUUGGAACAAGAUUUUCAAUGUCCAAUUUCUAUUCAUCAAUAUGAGGAUUACGAAGGUGAUAAAGUAACAGUAAAGAGUAAAGAUGAUAUAAUGGAAGCAUUGACAAUGUAUUUUGAAUUAAAGGCAUUAAAUCCAACUAAAAUUAUCUCAACUAAAUUCUUUUUAAAACAGUUACCACCACAAUCACAGCCACUCUCUUCAUCAUUAUCCCCAACUCAAUCAUUAAUACUUAAUAAUAACAAUAAUAAUAGUAAUAAUAAUUUAAUGAAUAUGAAUAUGAAUAUGAAUUUGAAUAUGAAUAGUAAUAAUAGUAGUGGUAGCAGUAGUAGUAAUAAUAUAGUUAUACCUCAACAACAGGGUAACAGAAAAGGGUCAAAUGCACCUCCACUCAGAACUCCACCUCCAUCACCUCCUUCAUCCUCUCCAAAAAAUUCACCACCAUUUUUAGGCAAUAACAGUAAUACUUCAAUAAAUAUUUUAGAUUUCUAUUCAUUAAAUGGAAGUAAUAAUAAUAGUGGUGGUACAGGUAGUAAUAAUAAUGGUAUUGGAUCAUCAUCAAGAGAAAUUACACCACCACUUCGUACACCACCAGGUUCACCUAGAUUCGCUUUGAAUAAUAGUAAUAGUAAUAGUAAUAGUAGUGUAAACAACAUACCAACUAAUAAUAACAACAAUAAUCAUCAUCAUAUUAUUCAUCAAUUAAAUUUAAAUUCACCAUCACCACCACCACCCCUUCGUACUCCUCCACCAUCACCACCUUCUUCAUCACCACCUUCUUCAUCACCACAAUCAUCAUUUAUUUUCGAGCAAACAGAUUUCCAUUUUGAAGAAUUAUCAAAAAAUAAUUCACCAAAAAAUUCAAACUUUUUAAAUACUAUUGAUCAACCUCAUCAAAUUUAUCAACCACAUCAACCUCACUAUCAACAACAGCAACAGCAACAACAAAUGUAUAAUUUUAAUCAACCAUUAUCACCUUCUCCACCACUUCAAUCACAACAAAAACAACAACAACAACAACAACAACAACAACAACAACAACAACAACCACAACAACAACAACAGCAACAACAACAGCAACAACAACAGCAACAACAACAGCAACAGCAACAAUUUAAUAAUAGUUUUGAAAAUGGGGGAAUUAAGUUACCUAGACCAUUAUCACCAACAUUUUUAAAUAUUAAUAAUAAUAUCAUCAAUAGUAAUUUAAAUAAUAAUAAUAAUAAUAAUAAUAAUAAUAAUAAUAAUAAUAAUAACAAUAACAAUAAUAAUAAUAAUAAUAUAAUUCAGCAUACAGAUUUCCCAUCAUUAAUUAUUAAUGAACAUGAAGAAUUAAUAUCUAAUCAUAAUAUAAAAUGGCAAAAAGGACAAAUUUUAGGAAGAGGUGGAUAUGGUUCAGUAUAUUUAGGUUUAAAUAAGGAUACAGGUGAAUUAUUUGCUGUUAAACAAUUAGAAAUCGUUGAUAUUAAUAGUGAUCCAAAAUUAAAAAAUAUGAUUUUAUCAUUUAGUAAAGAAAUAGAAGUGAUGAGAUCAUUAAGACAUGAUAAUAUAGUUAGAUAUUUAGGAACAUCAUUAGAUCAAUCAUUUUUAAGUGUAUUUUUGGAAUAUAUUCCAGGUGGAUCAAUUUCAUCAUUGUUGGGAAAAUUUGGUGCAUUCUCUGAAAAUGUUAUUAAAGUUUAUACAAAACAAAUCCUUCAAGGUUUAUCAUUUUUACAUGCAAAUUCAAUUAUUCAUCGUGAUAUUAAGGGUGCAAAUAUAUUAAUUGAUACAAAAGGUAUUGUAAAAUUAUCAGAUUUUGGAUGUAGUAAAUCAUUUUCAGGUAUUGUUUCACAAUUUAAAAGCAUGCAAGGAACGCCAUAUUGGAUGGCACCAGAGGUUAUUAAACAAACAGGACAUGGUAGAUCAUCGGAUAUUUGGUCAUUAGGAUGUGUGAUUGUAGAGAUGGCAACAGCACAACCACCAUGGUCAAAUAUUACAGAGUUGGCAGCUGUUAUGUACCAUAUUGCAUCAUCGAAUUCAAUACCAAAUAUACCAUCACAUAUGUCACAAGAAGCAUUCGAUUUUUUAAAUCUUUGUUUUAAACGUGAUCCAAAGGAAAGACCAGAUGCAAAUCAACUUUUAAAACAUCCAUUCAUUAUGAAUUUAGAUGAUAAUAUUCAAUUACCAACUAUUUCACCAACAACAACACUUUCAACAAAUACGACAAAUACGACAGCAACAACAACAACAACAAAUAAUGCGACAAAUUCAAAUAUAAAUCAACAACAACAACAACAACAACAACAACCACCAACUAGAACACAAAGAGUAUCAAUAAGCGCAGGUAGUAGUAAUAAUAAAAGAUAUACACCACCAAUUUCAACAUCAACUUCAUCAUCAUCAUCAUCAAUUUUAAAUAAUUUUUCAAUUAAUAUAAUAUUACCCAUUAAUUUGAUAAUAUUAAUAUUUAGAGAGAUUAAACCAAAUUUUGUGAAUACUUUAUCAAGAGUAUGUAAACAUUGGAAACAAAUCAUUGAUGAUGAUGAACUUUGGAAUAAAUAUUGUAGCGAUAGAUUAAUUAAUAAAUCAAAGUUUGAAGAAUCAAUAACAUGGAAAUCAAAUUAUAUUAAAAUUUAUAAACAACAAAAAGUUUGGUUUCAUAAUAAACUUAAUCAUUCAACUUUAAAAGGUCAUGAUAAAGGCGUAUUUUGUGUAAAAUUAAUCGAUGAUCAAGGUAUGGUACUAAGUGGUGGUGAAGAUAAAAAACUUAAAGUUUGGGAUAUAAGUGGAAAUCAUCAUCAUAAUCAUCAUAGUGGAAUUGUUGGUAGUAUUUCAAAAAAGAGUGGUUUAAAUAUAAUUAAUAAUAAUAAUAGUAAUAAUAGUAAUAGUAGUAGUAAUAGUAGUAGUAGUAAUAGUAGAUAUUUAUUUUCAUUAAAAGGUCAUAGUGGAUGUAUAAAAUCAGUUGAUUAUCAACGUCAAUCUGGAUCAGAUGUUUCAAGAGUUUUUACAGCAAGUGCUGAUUUUACUUGUAAAAUAUUUUCAUUAAAAACAAAGAAAACCUUAUUCACAUAUACAAAUCAUCAAGAGGCUGUAACUUGUAUUAAUUAUUUAGGAGAUGUUGAGAAUAAGUGUAUUACAUCAUCACUGGAUAAAACUAUUCAAUUGUGGGAUGCUGAAACCGGCUCGUGUUUAUCGACUUUGAGGGGCCACACUGGUGGUAUUUAUUGUGUUAAAACUGACCAAGUCGCAACACAUGGUAAUGGGUAUAACCAUUUGGUGGUUAGUGCGAGUGUUGAUAAAACAUCAAAUGUUUGGGACACAAGAAGUUCUUCAAAGGUUAGAAGUUUCACUCAACAUACUGAAGAUGUGUUAUGCUGUUAUGUUUUCGAUCAAAAAGUUGUCACUGGUUCAUGUGAUGGUACUAUUAAACUUUGGGAUAUCGGUACGGGUAAAACUAUCUCAACUUUUAUUCCGAGUGAAACUCGUCAAAAAAAUUAUGUUUGGACUGUUCAAUUUGAUCAAUCUAAAAUUAUCUCUUCUGGAAAAACUGGAAUCAUUAGAAUUUGGGAUAUUUACAACGAACGUGAUUCAAGAUCAAUUGGUGGUCAUCAUGAAACUAUUUUCUCUUUACAAUUUAAUAAUCAAAAAUUAAUUACAGGUUCUUUAGAUAAACUUGUAAAAAUUUGGAGUAUUGAUUAA